AUGUCUCGCUCGCCAUAUGACGGUCCUACUUCCCGUCAGAAACACUCACAUCAUGGAUAUCGAACAUCUUCCUCGCCUAUCACUGCAACAAAGAUAUCGAUGGCUCGAUCCAAGUCACACGCCGAUAGUCAACCCUCUUUCUUCAUCGAAGACCGUAAAGGAGAUAUGCAGAUUCUAUCCUAUGGAACCCUAAACCGCAAUUCGAUCCCACGCUAUCGAGCGGCUGGUCGCGGUCGCUUACUAGGACUGGACGCCAAGUAUCGCAUUACGUCUAGAACCGAGACAUCACUUCGGGUGGAAGAUGCAGAGAGCGAUUCCACACGAAAAUCACGCAAGGAAACUCUACUUGCUAAGCUUCGCGAUGACGAUCCCGCCGUGACAAUUAUCCAUCACGAACUUAGCACCCGGUCCGACCUGGAGCAAGACUUUCUCGCGCUCGAGACUGAUCGGCGGCCGAAGAGGAGAAGGCUUGAAACAGAUCCUUUACGAGUAGCUGCGGGCGCAACGGAAAGUGAAGAGUCCGAGUCGGAUGUGGAUGAAGCACCUGUCGCGGAGGACCCAUUUGAAUCCUUCAAACAAAAUCCUAUCCACCAAAGACACCUGGAACUUUCCAAAGCUACGGAAGAACGACCCGAAGCUGCGUCGACAUGGCUUGCUAUGAUCGAGUUCCAAAAAGAUCUUCUCGACAACACCAUCGGCAAAUCUCCUUCACCAAGAGACCUCAGCGAACGUAAGAUAGCACUAUAUGAGCAGGCUUUGUUGCAUGUGAAAGCCCAAGACGACCGGCAUACCCUGAUUAUCGGCCUUAUGCGAGAGGGAAGGACAGUUUGGGACAUAGACAAGCAAGCCUCAAGGUGGAAGGCGUUUCUUGGCGACGGGGCCUCGUUCGAUUUGUGGAAACUCUACGUCGACUUUGUCCAAACGAACUCGAUCAAGUUCAGCGUGGAAGACUGUCUCCAGACUCAUAUCAAUUGGCUCAAGACGUUCCGAGUGCCUAGAUCGGGGACGACGGAUCGCCAAAGAGACUCGAAUUGCGUUUUUAUAUUAAUACGUCUGACUCUGCUGUUAUGGCAGGCAGGGUUCACUGAGCGAGCGGCGGGGACUUGGCAGGCACUUCUCGAAUGGAACUGUUUCCAACCUCGACCUCAACCUCAACAUCUACAAUCGACUGACUCCAUGUCACGUUUCCGGGACUUUUGGGAUAGUGAAGUUGCGCGCAUUGGCGAGGAGGGGUCCAAGGGCUGGGUCACGGAUACAGCUUUUGAGCUAGAUCCUAUAACCGACAGGGCAUUCCAUAUUGAGAAUAUGGACGUCCAGCAAUGGUUCGCAGCCGAAACGGAGCUUGAAAAGACCUCAAGCUUACCUGCAAGAUUCCUCGAUGAAGUUGGUGAGGAUGAUUCGUACCGCAUUGUCCUCUUUUCAGAAAUCCAGGAUUUACUCUUUCGUCCCUCUUCCAAAUCUGGUCUCGGGUUACUAGUCGACGGGUUUCUGCUAUUUGCCGGCCUGCCCCCAGUCACGUCCCUCGACGACUCUAGAACGUGGAAGGGUGAUCCAUUCAUCUGCAACCAAUCCCCUAGCGGUCCCACUACUGCAGAACUGGUUGAGAAAGGAGGUCACGAAAUCGGUAUAUGUGUACAGUACCAAGAAGUAUCUUUCACGGUCAAGCAACAUACAUGUCAAACCCCCCAAAAUCUCGGAUAUCGCUCUGGAAGACUUCUGGACUCGAGUCCUGAGUUCUUGCGUAGGGUUAUUGGUCAGCUCGCAGACUUGGCAUAUGAGGGACAACUGCCCGCAGGAAUCAUGGAAUAUGCUGUUGCAUUUGACGCAGGCAUUGACCUCAAAGUUGCCAAGAAGCAGGCCAAAUCGUUUCUCAAGGACAAAGGUGAUAGUCUCACGCUCUACGACGCGUAUGCCUUCCUGGAGGCCCAACUUGGGAAUUUCGAGUCGGCCCAGAAAGUGUGGUCUACCGCGCUUUCGAUGAGGACGUCGUUGACCGGGGAUGGACACAUGCAUGCAUUCUAUAUGUGGCGGAACUGGGCCUACCUCCAUAUGUGCCGAGGACAAUUCGCACAGGCGAGGACGUUGCUCAGCAUGAUGACCACCCAAGGCUUCGAAUUGGCACGAUUCAAAGCGGAGAGCUUGAAUAUUCAAGCAUCUUCUCCAGCGGUGCAGCUCAAGGUUGAGCAACAUAUCAAGCGACAAAUCGACAUUGCUGGCUUAAAAGGCGAACACGUAUCAUUACGUGCCAUGGUCGAUCUGCUGGCAUAUCACCGAUACCUCGGUAACGGCUUGCGGCUUGAAGUGGCUCUGGAUACCUACCAAGCUUGCCUCAAGCCGUACACUGGUGUCUCGAAAUCGCAAUCUGCUCUGAUCGAAGGAAUACAUGAACAACAAGCACGAUUCAUCCAUGCACACGCCGUCAUUUUCAGACGUGAGUUUAGACCGCGCGUGGUUAGUGCCAUCUUAGCACCGUCUGCCCGAACUUUUCCAGACAAUCUCGCUCUCCUAAUACUCAAUUCUCACUUUUCGCAGAAAGCUGGAGCCAUGGACCGUUUGCGCCAAGUCGACUCGGUGGCAAGGUCGCAGCAAGACGCCAACACGACAGGAAGCGUAGUGCCGUGCAUGUUUGAUGUGCUAGUAGAACUGAACAGACCUGCAUACUCGGGAAGCACAGAUCACAGCAUUCGCUCGGCAUUCAAACGUGCUACACGAGUCGGCUCACCGGGACACGGUAGUGUAGAGAUGUGGAAGGCAUUUGUUCUAUGGGAGACGUCUCUCAUUUUGCGGCAUGAUGGGUCGAACCGCAGCAGUACCGGCAGCCACGGACUCGUCUCGAAAGAGGAUCUGGCGACACUGGCGAGUCAAGCGCGAGAGGCUCUGUACGCAUCGCUGCGAGCGUGUCCGUGGUCGAAGGAAUUAUGCAUGCUGGCAUUCGCUCAUCCCACACUGAGAAAUGCUCUUGGCGAUGGGGCGUUGAAACAGGUGUAUCAAACCAUGGUUGAUCGAGGCAUGCGGCUUCGUGUAGACAUUUCUUGUGUUUUGCAGUAG